GGGUCGCGGCCAUCGCGGGGCUCUCCCGUCCCCGCAGAUCCACCUGCAGUUCCCCAUGGAGUUCGAGUUCAGCCUGUACUACCUGAAGUUCCUCAGCUACCACUACAUUUCCAACCGCUUCCGGACAUUCCUGCUGGACUCGGACUACGAGCGCAUCGAGCUGGGGCUCCUGUACGAGGAGAAGGGCGAGAGGAAGGGCCAGCAGGUCACCAAAUCCAUCUGGGAUUACAUCGACCGCCUCAACAAGAAAUCUCCCGUCUUCUUCAACUACCUGUACGCACCUGAGGACGGGGAGGUGCUGAGGCCGUACAGCAACAUCUCCAACCUGAAGGUGUGGGAUUACUACACGGAGGAGACGCUGGCCGAGGGCCCCUCGUACGACUGGGAGCUGGCGCAGCCGGAGCCGCCGGAGGAGCCGGAGCGCCAGGACACGGCGGCCCCGCAGAGCAAGCGCCGCGUCAUCUGGCCCUGCUACGACAACCGCAGCCGCGUGGAGCCCGACGCCAUCUCCAGACUGCUGGAGGAGCUGCACAACCUGGAGAUGGAGCUGGGGCAGGUCCCGGAGCGCUGGAAGGACACGUGGGACAAGGUGAAAGCGUCCCAGCGCACGGAGGGGCGGCAGGAGGGCAGCAGGGUAGGUGACAGGGGUGACAGGGGGUGA